UGCCGCCCGCCCUGCGGGUCCCGAACCCCGGUCCUCCGGCUGCCCGGCUACUCCGGCAGGGCUAAGGCACUGAUGUUUGAACAGGAAGCUUCAAAACUUUUAAAAGAAUCCUCAGAGUGGCUUUGAACCACACAAGCUAGAAAUCGCCCCAGAACAGCGCCUUCAGCAUGCAUUUCCCCUAUUGGGCUUUCCUGGUGAGCUUUUUGAAGAGGUCGUUCUGUAGUGAGCCAAAGAGUUGAUGCUCACAGAACCGGAUUAGUGGAUCUGACUUUUCUGGUAGAAUCCUCUGGCCUUUUUAUAUUCUCUCCCAGGGUUCUAAGAGGCAUGGGGGUAUUCAUGGAACCCAAGGGCUUGUCAGGAGGGAAGUAGCACUUUCAUGCUGAAUGAAAACUAAACAAGUGACAGUUGUAACUGAAAACACUCAAACUUCCCACGUCUGGAUUCACUGGAUCGGGGACACAGGAACAGUCACUGCUGUGGAGAAAGAGGCCAUAACUGGAAAAGAAAAUCCAAAUAAAGAGAAUGAGAGCAACUGGAAAGUAAAUGGCCACCUCUACCUCAACAGAGACAAAGUCAGCUUCUACCUCAACAGAGACAAAGUCAGCUUCCUGACCCUGCUUGACCAAAAGGAGUUGCUCUGUGGCCAGAUUGCUGGAGUGGUCCACUGUAUUUCUGACAUCUCUGGCUCUCCUCCCACUCUCAUUCGGCUGCGGAAACUUAAGUUCGCUAUCAAGGUAGAUGAAGAUUUCCUUUGGGUGCUGGGCUGUGCUGUGGAGCUCCCUGAUAGCAGCUGCCAGCAGUUUCUGGAACAGCUAAUUGGAUUGUUUAAUUUUUACAAUGGACCUGUUUCUCUAGCUUACGAGAGCUGUUCUCAGGAAGAACUGAGCGCCGAAUGGGACACCUUCAUUGAACAAAUUCUGAAAAACACCAGCGACCUGCAUAAGAUCUUCACUUCCCUCUGGAACUUGGACCGGACGAAAGUGGAACCCCUGCUCUUGCUGAAGGCAGCCCUCAUCCUGCAGACCUGCCAGCGCUCUCCUCACAUUCUAGCUGGCUGCAUCCUCUAUAAAGGCCAGAUUGUUAGCACGCAGUUGCCACCCUCCCUCACGGCCAAGGUCCUGCUUCGUCCAGCUGCACCUCGGGGCCAGAGACUACCUACAGGAGGGGAUGCCCUGCAGGAGCGUGGUGCCAUCCUGCCCCCGAAUGUCCACAUCAUGCCCGUUUUCGUGACGGAAGAGGAAGCUGCCAGUCUCCAUGAGUUCCCACGGGAGCAUAUGACCAGCUCUCCCACAUCUCCAGCCAGACUCCAGGAGCACUCUGCCCAACAUCCUCCAAAGUGUUGGAGCCCACCUUCCCUGAAAGAAGACUCCAGUAGGCAUGAGGAAGCCAUGGCCUGGACGUGGGCAACCGGCCCUGAGUCCAGGUCCCCUGACACAGCUUGGCCAAAUGGCAGGGGAGAGAAUGGACACUUCUCUGACCGAGAUCUGGAGAGCAUCCAGCCUGCAGGAUUGCAUGCCGCUGCCAGGGACCAGGGUCUUGGUCUCCGCCACGUCAGAGGGAACAAGGAGCUGGACUUGUCUGAACUCCACAUUCCAGACACUCAGGAAAUGGGAACAACCUCAGCUUCUUUUGCCUUCUCGAAUGCAUGUGUCCCAGAUGGUGGUAGUCCUUGUCACAAGGAAUCUGUCAGCAACUCUGACAACCUGGAACCCAAACCACCCGAGGCUCUGCCUGUAGGCACAGUCAGCAAAGGCCUCCUUUCUCCCUCCCCUUCUGACUCACUCACCCAGAAUGGAGCCCUGGAGCCACACGAAGACCUUCCUGGGGACAGCAGCCAUGCCCCCAUACCCAGGGAAGACCUCUUCCCCAGAAGGAAGAGCUGGCCACUGUCAUCACCCCACCUAGAUUCUAGGCAGAGAGGAGUGAAGCUUCCUGUGGGGGAGGAAGGCACAGAGUGGUGUGUGGACGGGGUUCAUGAGAGCCGCUCAGCCCCUGGCCUGGAAUGCCACUCAGGCUCUGCAGACUCUUCAGACGAUGGCCUCUCUGUAGGCAGCACUGACUCCAGGGCGACCCCAGCAUCCCGGGGAGGACUUGUGCGCAUGAACCUCUACACUCACAGUGUCACAGGGCUGGUGCUGUCCCUGCUGGCCGAGGAGCCACUGCUGGGAGACAGCGCAGCCAUCGAGGAGGUGUACCACAGCAGCCUGGCGUCCCUGAAUGGGCUGGAGGUCCACCUGAAGGAAACGCUGCCCAGGGACGAGGCCGCCGCCUCCAGCAGAACGUACAACUUCACGCAUUACGACCGCGUGCAGAACGUGCUGACGGCGAGUCUGCCCCAGGCCGCCACAGCCCAGGAUCGCCGCUUCCUGCAGGCCGUCAGCCUGAUGCAUUCCGACUUUGCCCAGGUGCCCUCGCUGUACGAGAUGACCCUCAGAAACGCCUCCACGGCUGUGUACGCCUGUUGCAACCCUGUCCAGGAAACCUAUUUCCAGCAGCUGGCGUCGGCCGCGCGGAGCUCCGGCUUCCCGAGUCCCCAGGACAGCGCUUUUGGCCUCCCGGGCAAAGCCAAGCAGAAGCUGCUGAAGCACGGGGUGAACUUACUUUGACCCUGGCCCUGGCAGGAAGGUCCUCACCCCAGGAGGUGACCGUCGAAUCCAGUACCAGCAACAGAAGCCCUGCCCCUUUAAACAGAAAACACCCUGUUUUAUUUUCCUGGGAAUACUCCCUCUUUUAGGAAGUUAGGAUAUUUGAGUAUUGGCUACUCCUUCUGCAGAUUGGAGUGGGACGGGCUGGUUUCCGGUCCACGGACCUGGAGCGCAUGAUAAGGACCUUUAUUACAUCGGCAGUGUUGGGCCCAGGACAGGCGCAUCGGCUCCUUGUGCCAAAGAGCUUCAGGGCCAGUUAGACCCUGGCCACUGUGCCUGACACCUGCUGCUGGUCCCUCCCAGCCUGAACGCACGCCACCGACUUCAGGUUGGCGGUUGCUCUAGAACCUAGCUGUCCCUCGUGUUUCCCAGCCCUGUCGGGGGGGCGGUAUGAGGUGGGCGCACAGGGGCAAGAAGGGGCUUGUUAGCAAGCCGCCCGGAACAUCACUUCCCGGUUAGAUGUCUUCCGAGUGGUCCCCCUGGGAGGAGGGCUGGGCCAGUCCGGUGGAGCCACCUUGUCUGAAUUCUGGAACUAGACUCAAAACUAGGAUCCUGCUCUUGAGCAGCACCCACAGCGGGGGCCAGUCUUGAUCAUGUGGAAGGGAGUCGGGGGUUUAGUGAUACCAACAGCCCCGGGUGCCGAGACCAGAGAAUUGGGGGAUGACAGUCCAGACUCUGCGUCUUUGGUUGGAUCUGGUCUGUAUGCCGCUUCCUCUCCAGUGAGUGUCCCUAAAUGGGAGUUCCCAAAAUGUUUUGGGGCAAAAGCAGAACUGUGCAUCUCAGCGGCUGUGUGAGAGGGAACCACAUUCACGUGUUUCUGGCCAGUGGCGUUAAUUAGCUGUCCCGUCACAGACGUGCUGUGGUGCUGUGUGCAUCGCAGGCUGAAGCUGCUUACCAGUCUUCACCGAAUGUUUACCCAAAGAUCCCCUUUGAAAACUGUGAUGAUAAUAACUCCACGUUGGUGAACAAACAUCUAUGUUUAUGACCUAGUGUCUUUUCCUUGAAACAAGUUUCCAAGAGCCAAAAUAAAAUAGCCCAAAAUUCUAUUGA